UUCCAUAAGGGCCAGAAUUUCCAGGGAUGCUGUUAUGAGUGCUCUGUGGACCGCUGAGACACCUUCAGGCACUUCAGCUGUAACUCCAUUUGAGUCAUGGGGGGACACUGGGUGCCUAACUACAUGGGUUAUCAGUACAUUCUGGGCCGUGGGGAGUACCCUGACUUUCACCACUGGAUGGGCUUCAACAACUGCAUCAGAUCUUGUCAGAUGUUCCCUUCAUACACAAGAGGCUAGAAACUAAGGAUCUACAACAGACCAUUCGGUGCCGGACUAAUGACAGAAUUCUCAGAAGACUGCACCAACAUCUAUGAUCGUUACCAGUUCUGUGAUAUCUACUUUUCCCAUAUCAUUAAGAGCUCCUGUGUCUUCAACGAACACCCCAACUACAGAGGCAAUCAGUACUUCCUGAGGCUAGGAGAGUCCAGAGCUUGUGCAGACUGGGGCUGCAACAACCCCAUGAUUGACUCCUUUAGGAGAAUCAGAGAUGGCUACAUGCAGGCUGAGCCUGUGAGAUUAGCACAUCAUUAA